AUGGUUCGUGCGAGGGCGUACGCCGCCGCGUCGCAGCCGCGACCCAACUUGCAAAGUCGCGAUAGCAGCCCAGAGCUAGGUAGUCCAUCUCGUGUUACCCGCGUCAACAAGCGUACUGGUCGACCAAUCCGCAAGUCAGCCGGCCGGAGUCACCGUAUGGAUGGUUAUAUUGAUUCGUCACUAAUCGAGGAAGAGGAGCCUGAUCUGAUGGAAUAUCCAUCUGAAGACGAAGAAGGCGAGAAACCCAAAACUGCCCGUGGAAGAAAGCGCAAGCGGGUACCAUCACCUACUCCUCCGCCGACAGAGCCCUUCUCCUACUUCGAAGCACCGGAUGAGGAAACAGAUGAUGAGUCGAACCGUGUAAUCCGAAGGCCAUCUAAUGCCACAGGGCCGGUUGUCCUGCAAUUCAAUAUACCAUUGGGAUUUCAUGGCCCUCUGUUAGUGAAAUUGAAUGGCGAUUUACUACGCGAACCCAGAGCUUUCGACUUGCCAGCACCACCUUUGCAGACUGAAGCAGAGAUGCUUCCGCCCAGCACCAAUGACAGUGGAGCAAAGAGCUUCGACAAGAUUCCGCCUGAGAUUAGGAACAAGAUUUACCAAUUGCUUUUCAAGGCCGACAAUGACUUAGAUAUUGCUUCGCCAAGCAAUUUUUGCAGGUCUGGUCAAUUCUUACGCACCUGCAAACUCAUUCACAGUGAAGGUUGCAGUGUGUUGUACGGCGAAAACACAUUCGCCUUGAGCCGCAAUCGAGCUUCACGGUCUCCCUUCUGGAAUCCGAUCCCGAAGGAGAUCGGCUAUCAGGACGUGAGGCAGUUUCUCAAGGUCAUAGGGCCGGCGAACCUCGCCUACCUAAGAGAUAUCAAAAUUACACUUGAGGAUGCAGCACCAAGCCUCACACCAUACCUCACGCACGAAAACCGUCGGUAUAUAAACGACCCCCACUUGAUCGACUGUUUCCGUAUACUUCGUCAGGCCAAAUUGCGCAAAGUGAAGUUGACGUUCCUGGGACGUCGCCACCUGCUCAAAACUGAUAACAAAUUUCUCGGCUACCUUGAGCGGAUCAAAGCAGACCUAGUGACAACGGAACCUCCGAAUCGUUGGUACUUCCAGAAAAUCAUGCCUUCUACAUUUGACGAGAUCCAAGAGCUGAUGACUCGCAAACGCAAACUAUAUCUAGAUGAAUGA